AUAGCUUUCGCGGAGUAGCUGAUUGGUAACGCUCCUCAAGGUGCUCUUGGGUCACUUCAUCCUCGGUGCUUCGGCCAGCCCCGCUUCUCCUCUGCUCCCUUUACACACUGUUUUUUCUCUCCCUCCCCUCUUUGCCGGACUCGUCAUUUCCCGGAGUUUAAACGACCGCAUCGUGCGCUUAAAUCAUGGAUAAGUUGGAGCUGAUUCAGAAAGCCAAGCUGGCGGAGCAGGCGGAGCGCUACGAUGACAUGGCCGCGUGUAUGAAGCAGGUGACGGAGCAGGGAGAAGAGCUCUCCAACGAGGAGAGGAACCUGCUCUCCGUCGCCUACAAGAACGUGGUCGGGGCCCGGAGGUCGGCCUGGAGGGUCAUCUCUAGCAUUGAACAGAAAACCGAGGGCAACGACAAGAAGCUUCAGAUGGUGAAGGAGUACAGGGAGAAGGUGGAGGGCGAACUACGCGACAUUUGCAACGAGGUGUUGACAUUGCUGGGCAAAUAUUUGAUCAAGAACUCGACAAACUCUGAGAGCAAAGUCUUUUAUUUAAAGAUGAAGGGUGACUACUACAGAUAUCUCGCAGAGGUUGCCGCAGCAGAUGACAAGAUGGACACGAUUACCAACUCUCAGGGUGCCUACCAGGAUGCUUUUGAGAUCAGUAAGAAAGAUAUGCAGCCCACACACCCUAUUCGUCUGGGACUGGCUCUCAACUUCUCUGUCUUCUACUAUGAGAUCCUUAACUCUCCGGAACAGGCUUGUUCUCUGGCAAAACAGGCGUUUGAUGAAGCUAUUGCAGAGCUGGAUACACUGAAUGAAGACUCAUACAAAGACAGUACACUUAUCAUGCAACUGCUUCGGGACAACCUCACAUUAUGGACCUCUGACAACGCUGCAGAUGAGGGUGAAGGAGGAGACGGAGGAGAGAACUAAACACCCACAGAUUAAAAAAAAAAAAACAGAAAAAGAAAAAACAACUUUUUACACUUCUUCAUUCCUUUAUCAUUUCACUCAUGAUUACUCCAGCCAUAUAAGCCCAUGAUCAUUACCAAUGAGCCGUGAGUGUGGGAAUCCAAAUCAGUCCAUUUUCUUUCUCCGUUCUCCACCUCCUGGCUUGUGGUUGUAAUGAAAGUAGAAAAUAUUAAGUUAAAGUAACAUCUCCAUUCCUCAGUUUUGUGUUUUUUGUCCUUCUUUAUGUGCAGUGUCUGCUGUAGAAGAGUAUUAGCCUCACAUAAAAUCAAUUGUCUUUAAUUGUGACACGAAGCGACUAGUGUGUAUAUUCUGGUGAAAUGAAGCAUUGGUAGUGUUGGUCACAAAAUGCAAAGCGAUUUUUGCCUCAAGCAUGGCUAGUUCUUGUCCUGCUAUAUCAUGUUUCAUUAUACUUCUCACUAGGAAGAUCAACAUGCACUUGAAUGAGAUAAACGUCUUGUUGACUUUCUUAGUGGUGGCUUACAAUGGGCCUGUGCUUUAGUAUUGAUAGCAGGAAGGCUGUUUUCUGAUGUACCAAGUCAGCUAGCCAAGUAUGCACUUUUCAUCGGCCAUCUGAAUUGCGUCUCCCUUCAUCUCGAAGGUCACUAAACACUCCUGCCUGGUUAUGGUUUUCACUUUAAUGUGAUUUGGCUUGUGAUGAGUGAAAAAGAAAAAUAUAUAUAAAUAGAUUAAACAAAAAAAAAAAAGUCAUGCAUGCCCAUUUUUCAAUAUACACUGGAAUGGGAACAAAUACUGCAUACAUGUUCCACAGUUUGGUUAUGUACUUUUUUCAUUGCAGGUUUAUGCACAUGUUGAGAAAAUGUUUGAUUUGUCAAGUGAUGUCGAUAGUUAUUUGGACCACUGUUGUGUUUUUGCUAAUCAUUGACUGUAGUCCUCCCCUCCCCCCCUAAAAAAGCCUUGUGAAAAUGUACAAGCCCUGCAUAACAGCAAUGUAACCUGAAUUAAAAUGACCAUUUUAUAAACCA